AUGGAAAAGUUACUUUUUACGCUGGCGAGUGUUUUCCUCGUCGUCCGUGCCGCAGAACCCGUCGGACAACUUGUCGCAUCUUCAUCCCAUUCCUCCGCUGACGGUUUGUAUUCUGGACUCGAUGGAAAAGUGGGUUCGGUGGCUGCACUAUCGGCAGCACCAUUGACAGAUGCAUCGUUAGCUGGAAGCGGGCAAUUGGCAGCAGCUGCAUCGCCGUUAGCCGUGGCGCAACCAUUGACCGCGGCCGCACCAUUACACGCAGCAGCAGCACCGUUGACUUCAGCGUUCGCAGUCGCUCCGGCACCGUUAGCCGCUGCAGCUCCGGCUCCCUUAGCGGUAGGAGUUCCGCUUCCGUAUCAGGCGGCAACUUUACCAUCAUCACCCUUAUCCAGCCUCGUUUCGAAAGCUCAUUUUGGAUUUUCCCAACCGGUUUCACAUUUGGCCGUCGCAGCAGCACCUGCUCAUAAAUUAGAUUACCCUCAAUACGUUUUCGGAUACAUGGUACAAGAUUUCUCGACGGGCGAUAAUAAAGCCGUGAAGGAAGUGAGAGAGGGGGACAUUGUCAAAGGAAGUUACAGUUUGGCAGAACCAGAUGGCACUAAAAGAACUGUUAAUUAUUACGCUGAUCCCGUACAUGGAUUUAAUGCCGUCGUGCAUAAAACUCAAAUUUUAAAGUGA